GUCCGCCAUUAGAUCUCAAGAACAUAGUUUGCGAACAGUGGUUUAUUACGUGAAUAGUUUGAUUAUGUAAUACUGUGCGUGCACGGACAGUUUAUGAAUCAGCAGGAGUUCACAAAUAUUAGAAGAACCUUAGCUAAACGCUUUUGCUGGCCGUGGUAAUGAGGCAUUGAUCGUUACAAUAAGAAGAGUAGUUCUUUCCGCACCAACUGAUUCAGCUAACGGCUCUGACAUAUGGUCUAAAUUUAAGAGUAGAUCUUCAUAGACCUGUCUGAAGAAGGACGCAUUUUAGAUGGAAUUCAGUCGCAUGUCACCACGGCAUGACGGUUUCUUGGGUUACUGUUGGAGGGUACCUCAGUUGAAUCAGUUGACUGGACAGCCAACGAGCUGGACAUACUUGUUGGAUUUCUUAUGAAUUGGCACAUCGGGAGUCGGACUUCAAUGGAUCCUUUGUAACAGGAGAUUAGAGAAAAUUAUGUGAAUGAUGGCACCGGAGCGGCCGGGACCGGAGGACAAGCCUGGAGUGGCACUAGUCCAGAGUGGUGGUGCAGUCACCAUACCAGUGAUACCUGUUUUCUCGCUGCCCAACACUCUGAUGCAGUUGAAGGAAGGGGAUGGUGCAAGCAAUGUACCAACAGUAAUGGAAGGAGAGAACCCAGAGAGGCUGCGUGUAGAGGAUGAUGACCUUACAUCUUUAACGUGGCUACAGGACAAGAAUCUGCUCAAAGGUAUGAAUCUUCGAGCAGCUGUAGGUGAACACCAGUUAUCACCAACAAGUGAUUUUGUGGAUGACAGUGCUAGUGAGCUAGCUGAUUCAACGUGUUCCAGUGGGCAUUCACCCAGCCCGGCCCCUCCUAGUGUUGCCACUUCCUCACCAAACAAGCAGAAACAUCCACAACAUAUGCCAUAUGAUCCAUUGGUGCAUGUCAACUCAAAGCCACCAUACUCUUUCUCGUGCCUCAUUUUCAUGGCUAUAGAGGACUCCCCUCAAAGAGCACUGCCAGUGAAGGAAAUCUAUGCAUGGAUACUAGAGCACUUUCCUUACUUCAAGAAUGCUCCAACAGGGUGGAAGAACAGUGUACGCCAUAAUCUGUCCCUGAAUAAAUGCUUUAGGAAAGUAGAGAAGGCACCUAAUUUAGGAAAAGGCUCACUGUGGAUGGUGGACCCACUGUACCGCCCUAAUUUAAUGCAAGCACUUCAGAAGGCUCCUUUUCAUCCUUAUACCACCCUUGAUAGAGUCUCCAUGGUAACAAACAGGGUUCAGGUUAACAGUCCGUUGGGUGCAGUUGGUCAUAGUGAGUUCGUGGUGAUUAAAUCCAGUAGUCGCCUUCCAAAUCCUGACUUGUUCCCAUAUCUUAGUCGCCGCCUUGCUGCGUCAGGAGUGGAAGGGUUGAGAAGCAGGGAUGUGGCAGCUGACAGUGAUACCACCACAACAGAUGAUGCAGAUUCGUUGGAUGAUGUAGAUGCAGCUGCUGCGAUGCUAGCUCUGAAACAUGGUCCUCGCAUGCUCACUCCAAAAAAGGUUGAUUGGGAUGAACGACCCCAAGGAAAUGAUGGGGUUGGACAAGCAUGUCUGCUUGACAUAAGAAACCCACGCAAGAAGACUAGGGCUUCCAAAAACACUCAGGACACUGGGAGAAAGGAAAAAAUGAUACCAGUGAUAACAACUUCUCCUAGUGAGGAUCACACGUACAGUGCUGGUCCUACAAUUGCAGCUGCACAAGGAAUUGCCCAUCCAGCAUUACCAUCGUCAUCUCCAGAGGAGGCGUUUGAAGAAGGCUCAGAGUCAGAUGACAGCUUCCAGGCUAUGUAUCACUAUAAGAGUAUGGAGGAUAUGGAGGAUACACAUGCCAAGCAGAUUUCUUCUCUGCCUCCAUCUGAUUCUGAAGAGCAGCGGAAGAUUGCAGAAGGAGCAGAUGCUCUGCUUAAUCUAGCUGGGAUUUCUACUCGUAAACGUACACAAUGUGUAGCCCUACAUCCACCAGUCCCUGGGAAACGAAUGACUACAAGAGGGCGGAGGAAAACACCGUAUCGGCCCCGCCUCUUGCGUUCGAUCCGCCCUAACAUCAAGAAGAAACCAGAAGUAAUUCAUCAGCAGAAUCAGAAACCACAAACUUUGAUAAACAAUAACAGUAGCAGCAACAAUAACAAUAUUGUUAUGACACCAGGAAACAAUGUGAAGCUGCUAAGAACAUCGCCCCGAUCUUCACUCUUUGGUAACACCAAUGAAUAUGAAUUUAACCACAAUACAGCUGUAGAGAAGACUAAGAGGUAGGGCCAAACUGCAAUAGUGUAGUAAUUUUUAUCAAACUUUAGUGUGGAUUUUCUUUCCCCUGCCUAUAGUUAUUAUUGUAUUGUUCAGUGAUAAUUACACAUAAUUUAUUUUCAUGAAAAUGUGAAAUGUGGAUGGUGUGGUUUGAACUUAUCCUUGAAUUAUUCAAAUCUGCCAAUAAUUCCUGCUAAAAUGUGCUGUUUGUGGUUAAGAAUUAACCUGUUGUUUUUGAUUAAUGAGAAAAAUUGGUGUCCAUAUGAGGCAAUAUUGAAUUAGUCUUAUGGCCAUUUUCAUGUAAUCUAGCCUUUGUGUUUUAAAUUUUGAUGGAGACCAUGAGAAUGAUAAUCUCUGAACUUUUAAGCAGUUGCCAUGUGGAUCCCACAGCUUUGGCAAAGAAAUGCAAAUAAAUAUUGGCAACACCAGAAAAUUCUACCAUAGCAAAUUUAUAUUGGCUUGCGAGAGUCCAUUUAAAUCCCAGCACGUGUUACGCUUUUAGGUGUAAUGGGGUUUUACCUGGCAAUCAUUGAGUUCUUCGCUCAUAAACAGGAUUGGUAAAUAAUGCCAUAUUAAUUUUGUGUUUCUAAGAGACUUAUCUAGGUACAUACGAACUCUAAUUUGUGAUUCUUCAUGUAUUCUGCUUUUCCUUUUUUGCAUAAAUCUUGUUAUUAUAUGGAAAUGGACAUAUACCCAUGUGUUACAGUUGUUAUUUUAUCCAAUUGGAUUGCCAAUACAGUGAAACUCCUUUUUUAGAUAAAUGAAGAGACAGCCUGAAGCUUUUACAGUAACUAUAAGUUACAAAAUCUUUUUGGGCAAUGAACCACUUCAGUCUGGAGCAGAGUGCAGUGUUUUUGGUGACCAUGUAGUUCCAUUAUUCCCACUGGGAAGUGUGAAUUGAUGCAGCUGGUCACCUGAUAAGAUUUAUCACCUAUCAAAAUCCAGUAUUACCAUUAUUCUCUAUUUGAAUAUAAUUUGUAUUUCUGCCAUCAUUUGAAAGGACAAAACAUGAUGGUAUCCUGCAACCAAGUGUUGUAGUGUAGCAAUUAUUAUUCCAUCUUUUGAUAGAUCUAUGGUCAUAAUAUUGGCCCAAAAAUGUGCUGCACUGACAGGUUUUGUGCUUUUCUUCAGUUCUGCAAGGUAAAUGCAAUGAUAGUAUGUUAUUUCAGGCCACAGUUUCUUCUUCCUAAAUCAUAUUUUGUAAUCGUCUUGUCAUUUCUAAGUUGAUGCUGUAUAGCCUAAGCAGAUGCCAUAUCUUCAUUAAAUUAACUAUGAACCAGAAAAAGUUAUGAUGGUUCUGUCAGUGCAGUUCUUAUGGGAAUGGAAAAUGUUGGUCACAAACAGCUUAAGAAACUGGCAAUCUUUUGUCAAGCUGUGAUGUUUUUGAUAGUAUCCAAGGAUAAGUUCAGAAAUAUGAUGUGAUAGUGAGAUUCUGUUGUACAUCCAAGAUUAUGUACAGGUGUUGGCUGUACCUUGUAGGUGCAGAUCAACUUAUUUAUCUGCUGUCAUGUGGAUCCCUUUGAAAUGGACUAUAUCACCAGUUCCCGUAUGCAAAGAUUGGGUUUCGAAAAACGUCUUCAUUCCCCCAGAUAUUGGUAUUGCAAGAUGGUAAGUAAGAUGUGCCUGACAGGAAAGGUGGAAAUGUUUCUAAUUUAAGUUUUGAUCCUGAAACAUGUGUUAUGCCCAUCGUUAUUUAGCUGUAAAUACGCAAAUUAACAUAUCUUGGAGUUAUUUUGAAUAUUUACAGAUUUUAAAUGUGUCUUUAGAGCAACUAAAGCAAUAAGGUUGUAUUGUUGGAGUUCAACAGUUGAUAGUUGAACGUUGAAAGAAAGUGAAUGUGAAAUCUUAAAUAUGUGAACCCAGAGAAGUUUUGUUGACAGAUGGGAGCAUCGGGGUCACAUAUAGAAUUUUACAAAUGACUUAAAUGUUGAGAGUAUACAAUUUUUACUCAUUAAGUCGGUGCAGUUUUUACUGUUGAGCCAUCAGGUGUCCAGUGUGCUACAAACCACUUGCCUUCUUCAGGUUAGUUGCCCAUUUUAUACUCUUUGUGAACUUACUGACUUGCAUUGCCUUUCAGAGAAUUAAAAGUUAGAUUUAUUAUGCACUUCUGAUGUGUGUAAUGGGGCAAAGCAUUGGUUUGGUUCCUUAAGAUUAUCUAAACUGUCAAGUUUAUCAUAGUCUCUUCUGAUCUAUGUAAAUUAUGUAGUAGUAUCUUAGCCUUCUCCAGCCCAAGAAUUUUAUGCAUAUGUAAUUCUGUUCAGUGUGAAGACAUGGCCAGUCUCGAUCACAAUUCUGAGCAAUUAGGUUUCAUCAUUAUCACGCUGACUGUAACUUGAUAGCAUGCCAUGGAAAAGAAGUUAGUAAGAAUACUGUAAUCACAGAUAUUUCUUCUACCUGAAAAACACCAAAGUAAAAUUAUUUGCUGAUCCCCUGCCCCCAUAAACAUUAGAUUUUCUUGUUGAUAAGUGACACAAGAUCAGUUUGCAAAAGACUGCUUUUCCUUGUCAAAACAUUUGGUCUCAAAAAUGGCUAAUGGAAUCCCGAAUCAAAACUAAAAGUGGCAUGUUUGAAAAGGAUAUGUGUUAGAAAUAGAGCACCUCAUGUUCAGUACAAAGGGAAAUAUGACAGAAAGUAAAGUGUAAAACCUCUUGAUGAAAGACUCCCGGGUUACAGGCCGUGCCAGGUGGCUGAAUGGUGAAUAAAUCAUAUCUUCUGCCAAUGUUUCGGGAACAAAAUCUGCUCUUAUCCUCAGGGCUGCUUGGUAACCAGUCUGAUCCCUUGUUAGGUUGACAUGGCAUGUCGUAGGAUGCAAUGGUGGGAUUUGUAACACUAUGGAAUUAGCUGCUAUUCACCAUUUUCAUCAUCAAAUUAGUAUUCCUCUUAAUAACUGGACUAAAAAUAUGAAAUAUUUGGUUAUAAACCCCUGUGAAAGCUAUAAAUAUCAAUGAUGUUGUUGAGUACUUACAGGUCUUUAAAAUGCUACUACUAGAAGUGCAAUUGAUACAUGAAUUUAUCAUUAAUGGUUUACUUUUCAAAAUACGUGAAGUUACGAUUCAGGCUUAUGUGCCAAUUUAUGGUGAAGUAUUCAAAAGGAUCAUCCCAUUGAAAAUAUAAGCCUCUUUGGAAAAUGUUGAUACUUAUGUGGAAUUCAUCCUUCCUCUUGUGUGUUCAAAGAAUGAAGAAAAAUCUUUUAAAUCAUAUAAAUAGGGAAAUGUAUUGUUAAAAUACAUUAUAUUUGUAGAAUGGGUAUUGUUUUUGUGUGAUACAAUUCUAAGUUUUAGGAGUAUUGAAGUGCAUAGAUAAUGAAAUUUGAAAAAACCGUAAAAUGUGUCCAAGUAACAAAUGAUUACCCAUUUAUUAACAUUAUACAUUCAGUUAAUGUUGCAUGAUGAAGAGAUUAACGUGAUUUCAUACUACUUUGCAUAUAUUUGGCACUUUCCCAAAGAUUUUUUAUUUUAUUUUACACUGAGCUGUCUGCUGUGCAAUUUCAUUAUGGUGGAGUUGUAUCGUUGACACCUCUGAACUACUUAAAUAUAUCUCUGCUAUUUUAUGUAAUAUUUUUUAUUUUCAGAGUUUAAUGCUGUAUUUUGAUUCUUGUACUAAAAAUAUACAAAUUAUGAUGUAUUAGCCAUUUAAAAUUUAUCUUUGACAAACUGAAGGAUACCAUGGAAUUUUUCUAAAUUAUUUAAAUUGAGGGUUUAUACUUCUCUUGCUUUAUGCUUGCACUAGUAAGACUAUUCUAGAAGUGAAAAUCUAAACUUAGUUGGAUCAAAUUGUAAUGCUGAAAAGUGGGAUUCAAAAUAUAUGCAAGGGAAUUAAUAUGUUCUUAAAACAUUACGACGUCAGAGGGGUUGAUGUUCAUCUAUUUGCUGUUUAAGUUCAUUGUGGCAAAGUUGUGUCCUUGACACUUCUGAACUGCUUCCAUAAAUCUCUGCUAUUGUAUGUCAUUGUUCAUUUUAGGAUUUUAUUGUAUUAUUCUGAUUCUCAUAUUAAAAAUGUGCAAAUGGUGGCUUAUUUGCCAUUUAAAAUUGAGCUUUGGAUAAAUAGAAAGAUUUUAGGUCCGUCAGUUUAAUGCGUUCUGUUUGCAGUUAACAUAAAUGUGUAAAUGGGACUUUGAGUGUGGUGACAGUAGAGGGCCACAAUACCAUGUUGAGUGAUGAUCAUAAGUGACUCUGUUAGUGUGCAGAACAAUCUGUCACAGAACUUUUCUGCUGUCUUUAAGAAUGAGUUCCCUGUUCUUGCCAGAUGAAAUUAAAUUCUUCGUCUAGUGACUGUAGGUUGCACGAGUGAGAUGCUUUUCUUAUACUCUUCUAUACAUAUUGUAGAUAAUAAUGAAGCCUGUAAAAUAGUGAUAUAUACAUGAAAGAAUAUGUACAGUAUAUAUUUCACACAUGUAUAUUUUUUCAUUACCUCUCCAGUGAUAAGCAAGCUCUUCCUAAUACACUCAGCAACAAUAGUGUUUGUGUGGGUGAGUGAGUGUAUGUGUGUGUGUACGUGUGUGAGAGAAAGAAUAGGUGAGAAGUGUUUUUGUUCGCAAACAUGAACACCCAGUAAUUACAUGUGAGAGUCAGCACAAGGAACAGAAUGAGCAGCAGGAGUGUCACACUGUUUUGUAAGCAAACAAAUUAUGGUAUAAUUUGAUAAUUUCUUUAUGAUACAGAAAUAGCUGUUUACUUAUGUGAAUCUGGAAAUUGUGUAAUAUGGUGUUUACUAACUCAUGGAACAGAAUCAUUGAAAAACAGAUAGUUAUUCAUCUAGUCAGGAUUAAUUUCUGUAUUCAUAAGGACCUGCCGGUGGACACUGUCCUGAGCUAAAUGAAUCUAUUUUACUUUUCCCCAUACCCACUUUAUUUAAUAUUAUACCAUCUAUGCCUACAUCUCCCAAGUGGUUUUCUUCCUUUAGGCUUUCUGGCUAAAAUAUUGAAUGCAUUUCCCAUCUCUUCUUUCUGUGUUAUGUGCUCUCCUAUCUGACAUUUCUUGAUUUGAUCACCCUAGUAAUAGUUGCUGAUGAGUACAAAUUAUGAAGCUUCUCCUCACCACAAGAAUGAUAGAAUCUGUAUUACUUCAUUAAAGUCAUUGCAUUCAUGAUGAUGGCUAAUAUAUAUAUUUGAGAAAUGUUUUAUAUAAGCAGUGUAAUUACAGAUCCAUAAAUACACUUGCCCACUUACCAUUGGUAAAUAACAAAGCCCAGUGGCAAAUAAAUUUAUAGGCUGUUGAAAAAUUCAUGGGCUAGAUGAUUCUGUUAAGUGGCUGUAAAUAGUAUUUCUGGAGUUUGGAUGUCAGAACAUUUUGGCAUAUAGUUUGGCUUGGCAGCAAAUGAAAGGAUGAUACAAGCGUGUAUACAGUUCUAUAAAUUGUGAUGUUACAAUUGAAGACCUCUUUCAAUGUGCAAAAUUGUGUUGUAUACUGUCCUUUGUUUCCACACUCAGAAACUAUAUUAAGGUAUCAGUUUAUAAGGUAUGAUCUUUAUAUUAGUUACUGAAGGUGUCUGUGAAAGGUCAGUAAGACGGACUGGGGCAUAUCACAUAUCACAAAGCAGCCAUCUUUGUGACAACUAUUGUAGAAAUACAGCUAAUAGUUUCAGAAAUAAUUUUUAGUUUUGGGGCCAUCUGCAAACUGCAGAAAGAUAAUUUAAUUUCUCUUUAGUAAGAGGGCGUGUGUAUUAAUAUUAACUGAAAUCUGCUUCAUGUAUAAAAUACAAAUUUUGCAUUUUGCUGUCAUCUAUAAAGAAGUCUUAAACCACGUGGUUAGUACAAAUAUGUCAUAAUGAUUGAAUAUUGCUUAUCCUAUAAACAAAUGAAUAAAGUAUUGUUUUUGUAACUACUUACUAUUUUUGCAGAACAUUGUAUAACCUGAGGUGAGUUCUGAUUCUUGAAUAUACUGUGACACUGGCUGCAGAACUGUUCAUGCUAAUUUUUGUGCUAACUCCUCGUCAGAAAGUAAAAUUCAGCAAUCAAAUGAAGAUAAUUGUAUGUACAAGUUUAUUGUAUUGGAGAGAGUAAUUUAAAAUGGAUGUAAUUGCUUUGUGCCAUAGAUACUUUCUUCUUAUGGUCAUUCUUUGUCUAAUGGAAAAGCAUCACGGUGACAUUAUUUUAAAUAUGUGAUACAAUUUUUGGGUAAGUUCCCCACUUGUCAUUAUCGCCUUUAGUUACUUCAAUCCCAAGUACCUGUGCUGCAGAAAUUCUUGUUCCAGAAUCCAUGAUUAAAUUUGGUCUCUGUCUGUCCUUGAGUUCAGUGUUCACUUAUGUGCUUUUGGGGAAAUUUCCAGAAAUUUAUAUGUAGAAAAUGUGAAUCAGAAUUCAUUUACACUGUUUACUGCCUUUGAUUUCAUGUCAUUGUGCAGAUAAAUUCUUGUUAGGAUGACACCAAGGGUAGCAUUGUAGUAUGCAUAUCUCUCUUUUCAAUAAAAAUGUGACUGUGCUGCAUGGUAAUACAAAAUGUCUGCCAGUAGAUGGCUCUGCCGACAAUAGUGUAAUACCUUACUCUUCUGUUAGGUAACUCUUCCAAGUAUAAAUAUGAUGUAUGAAGUUAUGAGAGCAGAUAGUGCACAUUAAUUAUGAUUUCAAUAGAAGAAAGGUGACAAAAACAGUGAAUAUCUGUGAUAAUACUGAGAACAAAACUGUGAGUCUGAAAUAUGGCAGGUAGUAAAUAUUAAUGAAACUCAGAACACCAAUGAACUACUCAGCAGUGGGAAUAAGUUAUUGAAUAGGCUGGAGAAAAUAUGUUCAGUGAAAAUAAGAUUUUAUUGUGGUAUGUUAUCAUUUGAAGCUGAAAAGCUGUUCAUAAUUACUCUUCAUAUUCCCAAUAUAUUGUUCCUGGGUCUUUGAAAUUGGGUGGAGGGAAGGAAGAAGAAUAGAAGAUAAAAUGAAGUAGAGGUUAGGAAAGGGAAGCAUGGGAGUCCUCUGCUAGUGGCAUUGGCAAGUGAACUGAAUAGGGGCAGAUCUGCCAGUUUUAUAUUAUAUUUAGAGCCUUAGGCCAGCUUUCCUCUGAUUUAUCCAUUUACCAGAAUUAUACUUCUUUCUUCUCUGUGUAACUUGCUUUUUCAUUAACCUUGAAAUGUGCCUAACAUAUAUCAAGUGAAAAAUCAAACAGGCUGUCCAUUACUCUUCAGUUGUUAUCCCAUUUUAUUUGCAACAUUCAUAGUAAACAAGAUUUGAUGAAUGAAAUGUGUGUGGAUACAAAAGGAAUUAUGAUCUGAAAUAUUUUCAUAUGUUUGAAAACAUGGAUUAAUACAUUUCGUUUUGAGAGAAAAGAGAGAAAAUGCACUCCAAGCUUCCUGGGUGCCAAGCAUUGGGAAAUGAGAUAUGAUCCAGGAAUUUUAAAAUAAAUUAAAUUACAUACUCUUGCUUUCUCCUGCAAUAGUAUCAUGAUCUAAGAUGAAAUGCAGUAUGGCAGUUUAUGACAUAAUAUAAAUUUAAGGUGUGAGGUAACAAAACGCAGUAUCUGACCCUGAACAGUGACCACCAGAUGAAUAGUACCUUUUACAUUCUGCAUUAUACCUAGACUCCACAUUAACAGAUAACCACAAGAUGCCAAGUGCUUAAUGUAUAAAUUUAUUUCAGGCUAAGAGAAAAGAAUAUCAAGUUUCCAUGAUCAUGAAUAGAGUAUGCCAUGGCACAAGAGUUGUGUGAUGCUAGAAAUGUGAGCAUAAUUCUAAAGGAAACAGCAAUAGCAGAUUGUGUUACCUUAAUGUCAUUGUAACUUCAAUACUCUAAUGUAGUUUUUCACUGGUUGUAACAAGUCCAUGGUUACAGUUGUGUAGAUGUAAAAAAAUUAUAUAACAAUAACACAUUUAUUUGAGAAAGGAUAAAUACUGAACUCUGUGCCAAAUUGUUGAUAACUUGUUAGUUUAACAAAAAAGUCAUAAUAUGCACUUUGUUAAAUCCUGUACCUAGAUUUUUAUGUGACUUUAUCAUAAAGCUGUUAAGGUAUUUUUACAUACAACCAAAGAAUAUAUCUGCCUACCUCCUUGAUAAUAAUGUGUAUGAUCUAAUUUCACAAGUCUGGGUUGGAAAAUAAUACCUUAUUGUUUGAAUUGUUGAUAUAUCUCUUACAAUGAAGGAUUUACAUUUUAUGUUUCUUGCUAAGGACUGCCAUUUACUAGUAUAGAUAACUAAGCAUUUUAUUUUCAGUAAUCACAAAGGUGUAUGAAUUGUUCCUUGAAGGAGCAGCUCUGCAGAUGGUUUGUUUUAGAAUAUCAAAAGGAAAAACAAGAAGAAGAAAAUGUUUAAAUUUGUACUAUUGUGGUUCUGAUUUUCAGUUUAGUGUUUAACAGAUUUUUGCCUUAUAUAGAAUGUCAGCUAACUAAUGAGUGUACUUGCAUUCACCUUGUGGCCAAGAAUCAAAGUUGUUACUGAGAGACUGUGGCAGUUCAGAGCCUGUUAAAAUUGGUAUGUUACUAGUGUUUUGUUUUUCUUUAAAUGCUGAAUUGUAACAACAUAUUUUAAUGAAUAUAUUGUUUUGCCAUGUGAAAUAAGCCAUGCGUUUUGUUGUGUGUUACAUGUAAGAAGUUUAUAACAUGCUAUGGUUUGUUGUUAAAAUGAUGGUGAUUGAACAUUCCAUGCAAUAUUAAUUACUUCCAAUGCCUUAUAUUUUGUUGAUAUCUUAAAUUGAAGUAUUAGGAUAUUUAAUAACUUCAUUGUAUUGGAUAUAAGCAAAGGUUAAGUUACCUCUUUGCUUAAACAUUGCUCCGUAUCUGACUGGACAUGAAUCAAAUGUGAUUGUUCAGCCUGUAUCGAAUCACUUUACUGACCGAACUGUCCUGGUUGUUUUGGGUACACCAGCGGUCUUAGACAGUAAAGUUUUUACAAACACACAGACUUCAGAAGCAUGGUUGCAAUAGGUGAAUGUUCAAAUUUGGAAUUGUAUUUCACUAUUAAGUUCUAUUUUUUCUUUGUAGGUUAUAAGGACAGUUUUCUUUUAAUAAUUACAUUCAUUAAGAUAUGUUCUUGUUGCAGAACUGGAAUUAAAUAAAUAUUAUAUUUACCUGACUAUAAGAUGAGAUUAUUUUACUCUUUGUUUCCAUAUAAGAAUAGAUGAUCAUCUUACAUUAACAAAUGAAGAAAAAUGCAUAAGAAAACAUUUAUUAUGUUUUGUGGGAAAUAGACAUGUCAGUUGGUACUCAGAUUCUUUCAUUCUCAGAUGUUUGAAUUAAUGGCAUUGAGAAAAUACAUUAUUUAUUUGUCCAAAGGGUUAUGAUGGAAGAAAGACAAGGAAUGGAAGGGUGCAGGAUUCACCAGAAAGGUACAUUGUGUACAUAAAAUGAAUAAUUUAAGGAGAUGAAAAACAAGUUGUUGCAGUUAUGUUGGGGAAUUGAUGUAAAAAUGUUCCGUGGACUACUUUACCCUCUUUAUGGGUUUUUUCCCCCAAUACUAACAGAGUUAACCUAUGGCCCUGGACUUACAUGACAUCUGUUAUAUCUGAGGUUAUCUUAUCAGGUAGAUAUAAUAUUUUUGUUCUUUCCAUACAACAGAUAAGUAAGCACUACCUAAAAAAAUAAAACCAGGUAAAGUGGAAACUAUGUUAUCUUCAUAUUUAAAUUCUGAGCCAUUUUAGUGAAAUGUAAGUGACAAAACUACCAAGUCGCCCAUGAGAUUACUGACAUUUUUAAUCGAGACCUUAUUUCCUUUUUUAUUGUGGUUAUAGUGUUUUACUACAUAGCAAAUUUUAUAAAUUUUUUGUGAAAAUUGUCACACAAAGAGAUAUUCUUUACUACAGAAAUUAUUAUAUAUAGUCACCAUUAACAUUUAUGACAUAUUGCAUCUUAUAUUUAUAUAUAUUCUUGUCUUGCUUCAUGACCACAGAUAGUUUAUUGAAAGUUACUGAUAUUCAGAACUUAAGUAUGUACACAUAUGACUGUAUUCAAAGUGAAGUGUGUAUAUAGACUCCAAACCAUUUAUUUUAAUUAGCUUGGGCAGGUUUUUGGCUGUAUCAUUUAUGUUCUCAAUGUACAUAAUAUUUAAAUUUGGCUGUGAGUUUUAAGUCUUCUUACAUGAAACCAGAACUUUUUAAUCACCAUAUUUUUGGAAGGUUGUGACUUUCUUAAAUUAUGAAGUGAGAAUUUUACUUUGUAUAUCCUAUUUUAUCUUUAGAUAAUUGUUAAGUUUUCUUCCACAGAUUCAGAUUUUGUUAAAAGUGUGGGAUGACUUCAUAGAGCUGGCUUUAAGAAUAUGAAAAAGUGAUUUUUUUUAGUUCUUUAUGUUAAGUGAAUUAUUUAAAAAUAAAUAUGUGAAAGUAUAAAAAAUUAAAUCAUCACGGAUAUAAUUUGCUGGUCUCUAACCCCAUCAAAAUGUUGCAUAUCACUUUUGGGUGAACUACAGCAGGGAAUGGUAAUGUAGGAUUUGAAAAUUUUAUGGUGGUGUGAAAGAAGAAGAAAUUAUUAGGACACAUAAAUGUGAUUACAGUGGAUAAUUUAAGAAAGAUGAACAAAUGAAACAGAAAAGCAGGACAUGCAAGAGCAACCAGAAAUGUAAAAUAAAACCUAUGAAACAAAAGAAGAAAUGAUAAUUUAAAUAUUUGUUUGUUUUAUAUCCUUUAUUUUUCUAUCCAGUAUUUCUUCUUGGUCUCUUUCAUGUAUCUGCUUGAUUACAUAUUUUGUUUUGAUUAAAUUUAUUAACUCUU